AUGGUCGGCGCACCCCCCCUCACAGGCAUCAAGGUGCUCGAGUUUGCGGGCCUCGCUCCCGGUCCCUUUGCGGGCAUGAUGCUCGCCGACGCGGGCGCGACCGUCCUGCGCGUCAACCGCCACAACGACGCCCCGCAAGACAUGCUCGCGCGGCACAAGGCCUCCAUUGCCGUGGACCUUAAAGACGCGCGCGGCAUCGCGCUUCUCCAUUCGCUCGUCGCCUCGGGCGGCGUCGACGUGCUCAUUGAUCCGUUUCGUCCGGGCGUGCUCGAGCGUCUCGGUCUGGGGCCGGAACCGCUGCUACGCCUGAACCCGCGGCUCGUGUACGCCCGCAUCACGGGCUACCGGCGCGACGGCAAAUACGCCACCAUGGCGGGCCACGACAUUAACUACAUUGGCGUCUCGGGCGCGCUGUCGCUGCUCGGCGCCGCGGGCGAGCGUCCGCAGCCGCCGGUCAACAUCCUCGGCGAUUUCGCGGGCGGCGGCGCCACGCUCUUUCAGGGCAUCCUGCUGGCGCUCCUCGCGCGCGCGACGACGGGCCGCGGCCAGGUGGUCGAGGCCAACAUGGUCGACGGCAGCUCGUACCUGGCCACUUUUCCGCGCAUGGCUCGCGCGACGCCCAUGGGCGACAAGCCGCGCGGCCAAAACGUGCUCGAUGGCGGGUGCCCCUGGUACGGAUGCUACGCGACGCGAGACGGGAAAUGGGUCACGGUGGGCGCGCUGGAGCCGCAUUUCUUCGCGCAGCUUAUCAAGGGACUCGGGUUGGAGGGAAGAGGAUGGGAAGAGGACCGUGGUGAUGAGGAGCGCUGGCCGGAGCUUGCGCGGCUGUUUACAGAGAUUUUCAAAAGCAAGACGAGGAGUGAGUGGGAGGCCGUGUUUGACGGGACGGAUGCGUGUGUUGCGCCGGUGCUGGACUAUGAGGAGCUGCAGACGGACGAGACGCGCGAGGGCGACCAGCGGCCUGCGGUGACGCUGCGGGAUACGCCGUGGCGCGCGGUGGCGGCAAGACGGAGGCGACAAGGGGCCGCCGAGGCAAAGGUGGUGGUUAGUGAUGAGGACCGCGGACAGGGCGACGGCGUCGAGGGCGAAGGAUACCUGCCGACGCUGCUGGAUGUGGGCGAGGGCGGCGACGAGGUGCUCGGUGCGUGGCUGGGUUGGAAGCGCGGAACGCACUUUGAGGAUAAAAACGGGCGAGGCCUCUCAUUGAUCAACGACAAGGCCAAGAUAUAA